AUGUUGUUCAGACCUGUUGUUUUGUUCGCCGGCCUUUCUGCUGCCAACUCCAUCACUGGAUGCCACUACCACGGUGCCACCUACUUCUGCCAGGACACCGCUGGUAACGAGGGCUACGUUUCUCCAGCUCCUACUGCUUCUGACGAUGCUCCAGACUCUUACACUAACUGCCACCCUCACGGUAAGGAGACCUUCUGUGUUAACGGUAACGCUGAGGCUCAAUUCGUUGUUGAGGCUACUGGUUCUGACAGUGCUGCUGCUUCUUCUGUUUCUGGUUCUGCCGCUGCUUCUGGUUCUGCUGCUGCCCACGACCACGACCACGACCACGAUGACCACGACCACGACCAUGCUCACGGUGGUGCUGGCUCUUCUGGCUCUGGCGCUAGCGGUGUGAUCUCCAACUGUCACUUCCACGGUUCUGAUUACUUCUGUGAGGACUCUGACGGUAACCACGGUGAGAUUACUCCAGCUCCUAGUGCUACUGCUGAUGCUGAGUCUUCUUACACUGGCUGCCACGCCCACGGCACUGGCACUUUCUGCUUCGACUCUGCCAGCUCUGAGGUGCAAUUCGUCGCUGACGGAGGCUCUGGCCACUCCCACGGUGGUGCCGGCUCUGCUGGUAACGUUACCAACGGUACUAGCGGUGGUUCUGGUUCCGGUUCUGGUUCUUCUGGUUCUGGCUCUUCUGGCUCUGGCUCUUCUGGCUCCGGCUCUUCUGGUUCCGGCUCCUCUGGCUCCGGUUCCUCUGGUUCCGGCUCCUCUGGCUCUGGCUCUGGCUCUUCUACUACUGCCGACAACGCUGCCGCUAAGGCUGGUGUUUUCGGUGCUGCUGGUGCCGCCCUCCUCCUUGCUGGUUUGUUCUAA